AUGGAGCGAAAUGUCGACGAACUCCUUUUGAAUAACUUUGUGAACUCCUUAAGGUCAUCUGAUGUAGAUUCGAUCUCAUCCACCUGCGAGUUCCUAGAAACCGUUGUGAUCUAUGACUUCCCUGAUGAAGAAUUUCUUCACCAGCGAGAGUUGCUUGUCCUUAUCACUGAAAGCAGUUCAGCAAGAGAUCCUGCGUCUAUCGUAAACAGUCUAUUGACGUUGUCAAAUCUUUCUGUAAUGAUAGCAAAGGCAUGCCAUCAAAUGCUCAUCAGAUCAUCAAAACCAUUUGAUCAUAUUCUAAAGCUAUUAAAUACUGCAUCAGCACUUUCUGGAAUUGUCAAAUCACCCACAGAAAACAUGGAAUUCUACCAGAUACUGACAAGUAUAUCUGCUGCCUUGCGAGCAUCUUCAAGGCAAAACUUUGCAACCUUUCUUCUACUGUUGGUUACCUCAAUUCAGAGUUGCCCAGUUUCUUCAUUGAGUAGUGAUGUUGUAUAUGAGAUAUACAAUGGUCUCUUAGAUGCUUCCAUAACACAUUACCAUCCAGAGUUGCUGGAAAAGUGUAUAGCCGUUCUAAAAGAAAACCGCCCUCUCCACGACAAACAUGAAAAAAUCUCCAACCUCUAUGUAGCCUUCCAGAACCUAGCAAAAUUCCUCAAAAACAGCGACCAGGAAUAUGAUUUGGUUCCAGUAAUUUAUCUACUCAAAUUGGAUGAUGCUUUAACGGAAUCGUUGCUGCCCUGGGUCUUCAAACAUUUGAAAGAAUUUGGAGGAAAACCCGCAAUUACUAUGACAUUGUUAUUGCUCUCACAGAAAGAGCCUAUACUCGGACAAAUUUAUCAGCUUUUGGCCGAAAUCGCCUCACCCAUGAAGUCUAUCAACAUUGGGCCUCACAUUGGGGACUUGUUUGUCGAUGAAGCCGUUGUGAGAGCCAUUGCUAAAGGAAUGUGCUCCGAGAGUGCUCAGAUUGCGCCGAUUGCGGAAAAAAUUCUGGCGUUAAUACUGAAAGGUCGAGUGUGGAUGAAUGAUCAACAAUGGCAGACUUUGGUGACUACCAUAAUUCCAAAGUUGAUUUUGGAUAUUGAACCAAAUAUACAACACUUUAUCCUAAGGCCACUCUUAUGGGACCUGAUAAACCAGUCACAUUGCACGUCCGACGAUGCUGAUGGCUGUCCUCGACUGGAUCUCAAUUUUGUCUUGAGAUUUUUAAUUCGGAAUAUGUUAAACCAAGAUAUCUUGCGUGAUAAAUCCAGUCUGAGUCUGAUUUCUAUCUUAUGCCAGCAGCCACAAGCUCAUCUACUUCGUCCGCGAAUAUCCGCCCUCGAUCCUUCCUCUCUAUCAGAAAUAUUUUCAGGCGAUUUGACUGUUGCCAUUGAAAGUACAGCCAAAUUUGGGGUUUCCACUUUGACGGAAACAAUGCAAGCCUUAAAAGGUGCUGAUUUGGUAAUGGCAUGGACCCACCUAACCAAAUUGGCAAUCAUCCUUGAAGACAAGGACCUCCAUCAAAUCUUCCUCGACAACGGAGGAAUACCCAUACUUGUUGAUUUUCUUCACAAAUCUCUGGUUGUAUCGGAAAACGAACCGUUUCUUUCAGUCAUGUUAGCCAUCGUCAAAACCUUCUUAUUCGUCGCUCACAUGAAUCCCGCAGCGAAGAACGCUCUGGCUUGGGACAAUGAUUUCAUGAUGGACUUGUUGAGAGCCACAAUGAUGACACGGCAGGAUCUCAUUGCCCGUCGACAUUGUGUGGCGCUUUUGCGAUUGCUCGCCAUUGAAGAAAAUCCUCCACCACCGGAACCUGUGAUCGAAGAAUCUAUUGAUUCCGCUGGUUGGUAUGAAAUGUGGUCCAAAGCUGUUGUCAGGUGGUCAGCCAAGUUCAUUUUUAACGCUGAACUGUCCACCCCGCCUUCGGUACCAAGUGUACCGCCUUUCCUGAAAUUGAGCCCAGCCGAGUUGGAAGUUGGGACGUCUGCCAACGAUUGCGCUUUGGUUGAACAGGCUUUAAGCCGAAUAUGUAACGCAGAAGGCCAUCACGACGUAAGUGAAGCUCUUACGCUUCUCCGUGAAGUUUUACAACGCAUCAAUCUGCUGCCAGAAGUCUUUGACCUCGAAUGGCAAGAAAGCCUCGAAACUUUUUUCACCGUUCAUCCGGAAUCAACUAGUGAUGAGAAAGUCUUUACGUCCAUUCUCGAAAUGUUGAUGCUUUCUUUGGCUCAAAUGGAAAAACUGGAAAACGUGGAAGAAUUCUGCCUGUUCAGCUGGUUGCGUUCUAUAAUGGUUGACGGGAAGCACGUCUUCUGGAUCCUAUUCCAAGACCGCUGCCAGCAAUUCAAUAAAGCUGAUAAUGACAGCCACCUGUUACCCUUCCUGCUCCGCUUCGUAUCAGCCACUGUGCGGUUGAUUGGUUCACAUACACCAUCAGGAUCUUUGGCGCACGUGCUGGAAAUUCUGUGCAAAACAUUUGAACAAGACAAUCAAUCCCAAGUCUAUCAACUGAAUUCACUGAAGCUUAUCCUCGAGUGCACAGUACAUACUGCGGCCGCUAUUUUGAAAUGGAAACCGACGUCUGUGGAUCAAGCUAUUAUCGCCAGUUUACUCAAGCACGCCACGGCCACUCUGGUGUCAUUCAGUAGUAAAACUCACAGCAACAAAGGGCGGAGCGUGGUUCAAUGCUGUUCCCAGCUUAUUAACGUGUUGAUUGCUCUAAGUCAAUACUGCAGCAGCAGCUGUGUUCAUUUGUCUGAUCUCGACUAGUUAAUAGAUUAAUAGAUUUACAAUAGAAAAAGUUAAACAACAUUUAGAUUUAUUAAAUUUAAUUAUUUGUUAAAUGAACUGUAUUCAGUCAAAAAUGACGGUUAAUAUUCUGCAAUAAAAAGUUAAAUAGGA